AUGAAGACGUCAGAUAAAGAUGAUCGCUAUAUUCAGCGUAGGCUGAAAAACAACUUGGCAGCUAAACGUUCAAGAGACAACCGCAAGCGUCGUGAAGAUACAAUAGCAUUACGUGCUAGCUAUCUUGAGAAAUCCAACUUGGUACUACAAACUCAGAUAUUAGCUUUAAAAAGGGAAGUUUGUUUGUUACGUGGUAUACCAUUUGAUCCAAACUACAAAGUCCGUGUUUUUAAUGACAAUUACUUAUCCUCUUGCCAAACUACUCCACAGUCUAAUAUUUCUACUGACUUCUCAAACGAAUGUCCUUUAUCAGAUUUUUCUCCUAUUGCAUGUUCAAAUCAGACCUUAAACUCUAAUGUUCCUUAUCCUCCGAUCACUGAAUUUCCUGGAAAUUGUGGGUGA